AUGGGCGGGAACAGUAAUGGUCACGUGCAUGCUGCUGGCUCAGAUGCAGCCAUCGCAGCCGCAGCGAGAUUUCGCCAACGAAAAGUUUCUCUGAAACAAAACCUUCGCAUUGUGUGGCAAAAAGAUGUUCCUGAUAUCGAGGAUGAUGCAAACCGUGACGUGGUAGGUGUCGAGACCGGUGUUGAAAAACACGAGGAGGAAGAGCAUCAUCUCCAAGCUGUUUUGAACGCAUACACGGUCAGCCUGAAUAGCAAGAAGGCUCCUGAAGUCUACAUCCCCACCCCUAAAGCUGCGACCGGAUGGCCAGAAUACAACAAGUUCUACAAGGCCAAUUGGUCGCAGCCAACAACCUACAUCCGGCAAUCGGCCACCGUUGAAGAUGCCUCGGGGUGCCCUUAUAAUAUGGAUGAGGAUGAUCUUGAGUACCUUGAAGGUCUGAAUAAAGGUGCAUCUGACAACCGUCUCAAAUGCAGCCAGGACGAGUUCGAAAUGAUUGUAUAUCUGUUCGAAUCCACUGUAAAGACCCAGCAGCCAUUUUUGACUACUGAUCCUUCACAGCUAAUGGAAUACAAGGACCUUGAGCAGAUCAUCUUGACAAAAAUCGAUUCAGAGGAAAAAGACCCCAAUUCUCUCAACCGUCUCUUGAUACAAACAAAGUCGUCUGUGUACACACAAAAAUAUCAUCCCAGCCCCUACCGGACUGUGGCCGCAUCCUUCAAAACUUUCGGCUCAAGGAUUUACCAGCAUUGGAAACAAAGGAAAAUUGCCCGCAAAGGUAAAGAGAUUACGCCCGCGCUCAAAUUUGAAAGCGGUUCUCAGGAAGACGAGAACGAUCCGUAUGUUUGUUUCCGUCACCGUGAAGUUAGGCAGACCCGCAAGACUCGACGAACAGACCAACAAAGCUCUGAACGUCUUCGUAAGUUGCAGGCUGAAAUGCAGCAAGCGAAACAUUUGUUCGAAAUGGUCGCUCGUCGUGAACAGCUGAGACUGCAAAACAUUCAGUGCGACUGGGACGUUUUCGAACAGCGGUGCAAAGUCAAAGUUCUCAAACGCAAGCUCAAUAUUGCCGGAGACGACGAAGACUUUAUCACUCCCAAGCGCAAGCGCGAAGAACGCCGUCUUCCUCCAACAGCGACUACCGCCGGAACACCGUCUGCUGCCCCCGCCACCAAAAAGGACGAGAAGCUUGCCAGACCGGUUCCCCCCGCUGUUGUCGGACGCGAACCCCCAACUGCCUACGUCAAAGCGGCGACCAACAAGAUCCCAGAUCUCGACAUGCACACUCUGGAGCAGGCUCUCCAGGAGAAGGAUGCUGCACUUCGAGCAGAAGUCAAAAACCGUCUUCGAGAGCGUGCAGAGCAAGAUCUUGGAUGGGUCAACUAUACGGACAGCCCUUAUGUUCCGUAUAGCGAUUACUUUGACCCCAAACGGUCGCGGUUCGAAAGAGACCAAAAAGUCAAGCUGGACAGGCACCAGUCUAUUUAUUCAUGCCUUGAAUCACCAUACCCGUGCUCUACUUCAAGUCGUCUCAAGCUUCCACUUGCAUCGAGUCUUGGAAGACAGUAUAUAUCUCGGCGGGCUGAGUCCCCGCCCGAAGUGAUCUGGGGUCGGAUGGGCAAAAGCGGUUCCAUGGAGCCGCUUCGUAAGAUUCAAGAUGGAGAGAUUCCACCAAUGAGUGGCCUUUCAGUCCCUCGCUACUCGGCUGUGCAGUACCGCAAACGACUCGACAGAGGCGGUGUAGUGUUUCUUGAUAGGCGGAACUUAUCUCGUAAGCCCAAAGAACUGGACACCCCGAAAAAUGCCGAGGAAGAACGCCUUGUUGACCGGUUCCUGUUUGACAAUGACUCUACAGUUGACACUAUAGACGAUUGGUGCAGCGAGCCGGCCAGGCUGAAUGGACUAAGCGAAGAGACGCAAUCCAUUCGGUUUGGGUCGAUGCUUAUCGGCAAGUCGUACGAGCAGUUCCAUGAGGUACAGCUUCAGCACCAGCAGCAUGUUCUCCACAUGCAGCAGAAACUUGCUGCCCGCAAAGAAGCGGUGGUUGCUGCGGCGCAGGCGGCUGCGAACCAGAAACCUACCAACCCCAAAGACGGUGCCGCAGGCGGUUCCCACCUAAACGGAACGGCAAGUUCUGGCAACUCAUCUUCUAGUGCGACGCGCUCCGCCACGCCUAGUGGCCGGUCAGCUGGUGACAAGAAAGGGGUCCGUCUUCCUGGAUGGUCCUCCUCAACCACUUUCACUGGCCAGUUGAAUGGGAGAUCCAGCUCUGGCGACGACUCGGACAAUAAAAAAUCAAUCGGAAGCCUGGGGAUCUCCAGCCGCCCCCCGCCUAAAGUCGAGACAAGUGUUUGA